UGCAGCCGGUCGGCCAGGCGCUCCGGCUGGCGGCGGAUGGGUGACCUCUUCCUGGCCCGGGCGGGCUGUGCGAGGCGGCGGAGCCGGCGAUGAAGAAGAAGCAGCAACAGCAGCAGCAUCCCAGCGGCGGCGAGGAUCCCUGGCCCCAUGGGGUCCCUGUGGGGGGCGCCCCUCCGUGCCUGGGCAGCUGCAAGCGCCGGAUCCCGCUGCUGCCUUUCUUACGCUUCUCCCUCCGGGACUACGGUUUCUGCAUGGCCACCCUGCUGGUCUUCUGCCUAGGCUCCCUCUUCUACCAGCUCAGCGGAGGACCCCCUCGCUUCCUGCUCGACCUGCGACAGUAUCUGGGAAAUUCCACUUACUUGGAUGACCAUGGACCACCUCCUAGUAAGGUCCUUCCUUUCCCCAGCCAGGUGGUAUACAACAGAGUCGGCAAGUGUGGCAGCCGCACCGUGGUCCUGCUUCUGAGAAUCUUGUCAGAGAAGCACGGGUUCAAUUUGGUCACGUCAGACAUUCACAACAAAACCAGGCUUACUAAAAAUGAACAAAUGGAACUGAUUAAGAAUAUCAGCACCGCCGAACAGCCCUAUUUAUUCACGAGACAUGUUCACUUCCUCAACUUCUCCAGGUUUGGAGGAGACCAGCCCGUCUACAUCAACAUCAUUAGAGACCCCGUCAGUAGGUUUCUGUCAAACUAUUUUUUCCGUCGCUUUGGAGACUGGAGAGGGGAACAGAAUCACAUGAUCCGCACCCCCAGCAUGAGGCAAGAGGAACGCUACCUGGACAUCAAUGAGUGCAUUCUGGAAAACUACCCUGAGUGUUCCAACCCCAGGUUAUUUUACAUCAUUCCGUAUUUCUGUGGACAGCACCCCAGAUGUAGGGAGCCUGGCGAGUGGGCGCUGGAGCGUGCCAAGCUGAACGUGAAUGAGAACUUCCUGCUCGUGGGGAUUCUGGAGGAGUUGGAGGAUGUGCUACUUUUACUGGAAAGAUUCUUACCUCAUUACUUCAAGGGCGUGCUCAGCAUCUACAAGGACCCAGAGCAUAGGAAACUUGGCAACAUGACUGUGACCGUGAAGAAAACUGUCCCCUCGCCCGAGGCCCUGCAGAUCCUCUACCAGAGAAUGAGGUACGAGUACGAGUUCUACCACUACGUCAAAGAGCAGUUCCACCUGCUGAAGCGCAAGCUCGGACUGAAGUCUCGCACCAGACCUCCUCUGCGUCCACAGUUCUUCAUUCCCACCCCUCUGGAGACCGAGGAGCCAAUCGACGACGAGGAACAAGAUGAUGAGAAGUGGCUGGAAGACAUCUAUAAGAGGUGAUACCAGCGUGACGUCGCCACCGUGGCUGUGUCCCCGCGUCCCAGAAAGUUCUUUGGGGAAGAAAAAUUGUGAAGGGACUUUCAUUAAUGCUCGGGUGCAUUAAAAAGAACAAAACAUUC